GGUACUUUAAAGCUGUUCCGACCGUUUGGAAUCAUCCUUUGAUUGGAUCCGCUUUCUAUCUAUUUAUCAACACCGGUGGCCUAGUUUGUUUGGGGUGGCUCAUCAUUGUCGAUUCAUUCCGCUUUGGGCCAUAGUUAACCUCCCGUAAUCGACGCCUACCGCCCUUCCGCGCCCGGCUCUCCUCUCCUCCCCAACUCCCUCCAUCAACCUUUCCGCCCGCCCCAUACAUCCAUCUCCUUUCCGCCCGCCCCAUAGCUACCUUACCUUCUCACCUUCCGCCCGCCCAAUCCAUCGGCGCAUCAACACUCGAUCAUACCCCACCAUGGACCAAUCCAGCGAACCCAACAAUGCGGCUCUGUUCGAUGCGCGGAGACGGAGGGGCUCGGUCGGCACCACCCGACUGUUUGAUGACAUCGUCUCCGCUUCCAACUUCGACAGAGAUGAGGUGGACCGACUGCGCAAACGAUUUAUGAAGCUUGAUAAGAACAGCUCCGGUACUAUCGAUCGGGAUGAGUUCCUCUCCCUCCCUCAGGUUUCGUCUAACCCGCUCGCCACUCGAAUGAUCGCAAUCUUCGACGAAGACGGCGGCGGCGACGUCGACUUCCAAGAGUUCGUAUCGGGCCUCUCGGCAUUCAGCUCCAAAGGAAACAAGGAAGAGAAGCUGCGCUUCGCGUUCAAGGUGUACGACAUCGACCGCGACGGGUUCAUCUCCAACGGCGAGCUGUUCAUCGUGCUGAAGAUGAUGGUCGGGAACAACCUGAAGGACAUCCAGCUGCAGCAGAUCGUCGACAAGACGAUCAUGGAGGCGGAUAAGGACCAGGACGGCAAGAUCAGCUUUGAGGAGUUUACUGAUAUGGUGGAGAAUACUGAUAUCAGUUUGAGCAUGACAUUGAAUCAAAUUUAAGCUAUGUUUUCUUUUUUUACGGUUCUGCGCUUUUCAACGUCCCUUUCGCCGAUAUGACCGAUUACGAUAUGAUAGUGACGACUACUGUAGUUUAAGUGAGAUUUGCUUUAGAUGAUAGUGCGGGUGUACAUACUCGGUGGUAUUCACAGACUACAUGCAUCUCUAGUAAGAGUACA